AUGCUCUAAGUAUUUUUUUAAAAUUCAUAUAUAUAUUAUUUUAUAUUAAAACUGCCCCUAUUUUCGUGGAGAAAUACUCCUUGGUAUUUCAUUAGAAUCAAAACAAACGAAAUCAAAUACGUAUAGGGCAGAGGGAAAAAAAGAGGAAAAAAACAAUAGUUGGUUGCGGAAGUGUUAGAAAAUUUUGAAUCAGUUUCAGAAAUUUCACUCUCAUAUGCUCGGCGUGAAUUCGGAAGCCGAAUCAUCCGCGCUGGGCAGAUGAGGAAACUGAUCCAGGUUUUAUGAGUGCAAUUAUGAAACCCCCCAAAUAAUCUGCCCACUCACUAUAUAUAUUUAUAUUUUUAUUUAUUCAUUUUUUGCACAAAUUCCAGAUUCAAAUUAUACCUGAGUGAAGAAUAGGAGUGAGAAUCUCUCUAUCGUGAUGGCGAAUACCAGCGGGAGUGAGAGUGAUUCUGCGGCGGCGGACUUGCCGAGGUGGACGUGGGAGGAGGACAAGCAAUUCGAGGACUGCCUCGUGGAUUUCCCCGACGAUUGCGCCGAUCGAUGGGAGAAAAUCGCCGCUCGCCUCGGGACCAAAUCGGCGGCGGAGGUCGAGCGGCACUACGCCAUGCUGCUGGAGGACGUGGCGGCGAUCGAAGCCGGGGAGAUCGAGCCGCCGGCGUACGUGGACCAAUCGUCGGAGCCCCAACCGUGCCCUAAAUCUGAGAAAAAGCAAAUGGGGAGGAAAGCCGGCAGACCUUGGACCGAAGACGAGCACAGGCUGUUUCUGCUUGGACUGGAGAAUUAUGGGAAAGGGGACUGGAAGAGCAUAUCGCGAUAUGUCGUUCUCACGAGAAAUCCGACGCAAGUGGCCAGUCAUGCUCAGAAGCACUUCGAGCGUCAGGAGAGGGAGGAUCAAAGCAAGAAGAGACGAAGCAUUUUCGAUUCUUCCAUUUCUCAGGCGAAAACCAAGACCAAGACCUGAGUUUUAGGACAUGAAUAUUUGUAGAUAACAUACUCUCAGUAUCCAUUCCAUCUCUUCAUUUUGUUCACAGAUCAAGUUAUUCACAUCUGUUUAUUCUCUUCUCCCCUAAUGGAAGUUCAAACUUUGUGUCA